CGAGCAUCCAAUCGAAUUUGCUAUAAUGCUACAUAUAUCUAGUAUCUAUAGACUGUGAAACAAACGACAAUCAGUCUAAAAAUGGAGGUAGAACAAGAGGCAAUUUCAAUGGACUGUAAGGAGUGUAAGGCCCACGUCCUAGAAAUAGCGGCCCUUAAAGCGGAAGUGCAAAAUCUGCAACGGCAACUCGACGCCGCAGCAGCAGCCGCCGCCGCAGAAAUGACUGCACCUCCAGUACCGCCAAGAUUAUCUCUGUCUUCGGGGUCACUGUCGCUGCCAGGGCAAUCACCAUCGGGACCACCAUCAUCGGGACCACAACCAUCGGGGCCUCCACCAUCGGGACCUCCACCACCACCACCGAGACCAUCACCGCAGUCAUCAAAAUCACAACCGCCGCAGCUGCCGGGAGUGCCGGGACCAUCGCAGCUAGAACCAUUCCCGUCGCCAGGAUCAACGCUGCCAACAAGACCAAAACGAUGGAUGAAAGGGGGAAGGAAUCUGCGCUAUCGUGGACGCAGAGGUGGCAGGGGCAUAAGGCCCAUAAUUAUUAAUUUUUAUCCAAAGUGGGCAGAAAGUAAGGAACAAUAAGGAAAACAGAAAUUCAGGAAUUCCAAGAUGAAAGUUAACUAUUAGGACUUAACUAUUAGCUGGAUAUUUUCUAUAUAAAAGAAAGUAAAGAUUGCUAUAUUGAAAAGGAGCGCAGGUUUUUUUUAUAUAUAUUGUAUUUUUUAUACAU